AAGCAGAAUUGCUUGAACCCGGGAGGCGGAGGUUGCAGUAAGCCGAGAUCACGCCACUGCACUCCAGCCUGGGCGACAGAGUGAGAUUCUGUCUCAAAAUUUAAAAAAAAAAAAAAAAAAAAAUUGUGCUUCUCAGUGGCCCUGCUCCUGUGGCUGCAAUAUGGAGGGAGAGUACAAAGGGUGGGUACAAAGACUGGCCUCUGUCUUGCUGUUGGGAAAUCCAGCUGCCACGUUGUGAGCUUGUGUCUGGAAUUGGUUCCUUCUGGUGGGUUCUUGGCCUCGUUGACUUCAAGAAUGAAGCCAUGCACCCUCGCAGUGAGUGUCACAGUUCUUAAAGAUGGUGUGCCUGGAGUUUGUUCCUUCAGAUGUUCAGAUGUAUCUGGAGUUUCUUCCUUCUGGUGGGUUUGUAGUCUAUGCUGAGUUCAGGAGUGAAGCCGCAGACCUUCGCAGUGAGUGUUACAGCUCAUAAAGGUAAUGUGGACCUAUAGAGUGUGCAACAGCAAAAUUUAUUGCAAACAGCAAAAGAACAAAGAAGGCGCCCUGAGCCAGUUGCAGCUGCUGGCUAGGGUGGCCUGCUUUUAUUUCCUUAUUUGGUCCCACCCACAUCCUGUUGAUUGAUCCAUUUUACAGAUAGCUGAUUGGUCCAUUUUACAGAGUGCUGAUUGGUCCGUUUUACAGAGUGCUGAUUGGUCUGUUUUUACAGAGAGCUGAUUGGUGCGUUUACAAAUCUUUACCUAGACACAGAGCGCUGAUUGGUGUGCUUACAAUCCUUUAGCUAGACACAGAGCGCUGAUUGGUGCAUUUACAAUCCUUUAGCUAGACAGAAAAGUUCUCCAAGUCCCCUACCUGAUUAGGUAGACACAGAGCACUGAUUGGUGUGUUUACAAACCUUUAGCUAGUCACAGAGUGCUGAUUGGUGCAUUUACAAUCCUUUAGCUAGACAGAAAAGUUCUCCAAGUCCUCACCGGCCCAGAGGCCCAGGCAUCUUCACCUCUCAAGCUGUCUGUAGAGGUCCACGUGUCAAGAAAACUGAGGACAGAGGCCCUCAGUCCAGUUCCCACAAGCAACUGAAUCUCCCCAACAGCUGCCUGAAUGAGUUUGGAAGCAGUCCUCCCACCGUUCAGCCUUCAGAUGAAACUGUGCCCCUGGCUGACAGGCUGAUUGAAGCCUUAUAGCAGACCUUGAGCCUGAGACAUUUGACCCACAGAAAAGUCCAUGAUGGCCUGGUCCCUGGUGUGCCUUGGUGUCAUCAUCUUGCUGUCUGCCUUCUCCGGACCUGGUGUCAGGGGUGGCCCUAUGCCCAAGCUGGCUGACCGGAAGCUGUGUGCGGACCAAGAGUGCAGCCACCCUAUCUCCAUGGCUGUGGCCCUUCAGGACUACAUGGCCCCCGACUGCCGAUUCCUGACCAUUCACCGGGGCCAAGUGGUGUAUGUCUUCUCCAAGCUGAAGGGCCGUGGGCGGCUCUUCUGGGGAGGCAGCGUUCAGGGAGAUUACUAUGGAGAUCUGGCUGCUCGCCUGGGCUAUUUCCCCAGUAGCAUUGUCCGAGAGGACCAGACCCUGAAACCUGGCAAAGUCGAUGUGAAGACAGACAAAUGGGAUUUCUACUGCCAGUGAGCUCAGCCUACCGCUGGCCCUGCCGUUUCCCCUCCUUGGCUUUAUGCAAAUACAAUCAGCCCAGUGCAAACGGC